CAACGUCUAAUAACACUGCCUUUAAGCAUGAUUCGUCUUCUUCUUCUUCUUCUUCACUCUGAUGAUCUCUAGAAUGAAUCAAGCAUGAAGAGUCAAACUCCUCCUCCUCCUCCUCCUCCUCAGACACACAGCUUCUUGGUAUUCAAAUGUCCCCAUCACAAGGACGACAACAUGAGGAGCUUUUAUGAGCUCUCUUUGUCCUUGCUCUUAUCCCUUUGGUGCUUCCUUUUUCUCUUCUACUCUAAGCCUGGCCUUGGUCAUGCAAAUGGAGCUCUGUUUGAGUUUAAUGGGUCAUCUAGCUGCGACAAAUCCAGACAUGCAAAUCAGAAACCUGCGAAACCCAUGUACUCACUUCCUGAAACAACUACGUUAGAGCAAGUAUUUCGGAAAGUUUUAGGUAAUUCUGCUUUGGUUUGUAAUAUACGGCCACAAGAAGACAUUAAACUUAGGUCAGAACAGGCUUCUGAUGUGAAUCCACCACCAUAUCUGGACAAUGAUGAAUUCCGAAACGCAACAGAACAGGGAGAAGGCAGUGCCAUGAAAUCCAAGCUUCUUAACAACACUCGGCGCUUUGAACCUGAUGAAUCAGAGUUCAACUUUGCCUCUGAGUCUAAAGGGGCAAAGGUGGUGGCUCAUAAUAAGGAGGCAAAGGGUGCAAGUAAUAUACUAGGGAAGGAUCAUGACAAGUACCUGAGAAAUCCUUGUUCUGUGACAGGAAAGUAUGUUGUGAUUGAGCUUGCAGAAGAGACUCUGGUUGAUUCUGUGAAAAUUGCAAACUUUGAGCAUUACUCUUCCAAUUUCAAGGAAUUUGAACUGCAUGGAAGUUUGAGCUAUCCAAGUGAAUCAUGGGACUUGCUGGGAAACUUUGUUGCAGCUAACGUGAAGCAGGCCCAGGUAUUCACAUUGCCUGAACCCAAAUGGGUGAGGUAUUUAAACUUGAGCUUGCUUAGUCAUUAUGGUUCAGAGUUUUACUGUACACUGAGUCACGUGGAAGUUUAUGGGAUUAAUGCAAUAGAGAGGAUGCUUGAAGAUCUAAUAGUAGCCACAGGGGCGUCUGUUCAUAAUAAGUUGCCAGAGCAUAAUUCUAGCGACAUCCCUUCCUUGAAGCCAGAAGGUCGUCAAAUUGACAGAAAAGGGAAAGAAAUUGAAAGUGAGAAAGAUGGAGCGGCUGCUGAGACCUUAAGCAAUGUCACUCAAAAGCUUGAGGAAGGAGCAAUAAAAAAUCAGACCACUCUGAACAAGAUUCCUCAUCUUCCUGAUCCUGUAAUAGAAUUCAAACAGCUAAAUGGUAGGGUCGCUGGUGACAUUGUUCUCAAGAUUUUGAUGCAAAAGGUGAAGUCAAUGGAGCUCAACUUAUCAGGGUUAGAGGAGUUCGUCAAAGAAUUGAAUAGGAUGCAGAGCGAGGCAAUACCAGAUCUCGAGAAAGAGUUGUCCAGAUUAUCAGAAACCAUAGAGCAAAGCAAAUCAGAGAUCAAAGAUCUCUGGCAGCGAAUCACAAACAUGGAAAAAGGAGUAUCUGAAGUUGAGUCAUGGAAAGAUCCUAUCUUGUCUCAGGUCAAUGCAUUGGUUAGAGAAAAUAGCAUGCUAAGAACAGAUGUUCAAAAAAUUGGAAGUAAUCAAGCAAAUCUGGAAACUAAAGAGCUUGCCGUGCUAGUAGUGAGCCUCCUAUUUGUGUGCCUUGCAAUUUUCAAGAUAGUUUUGGUAGGAGCAUAUAGUUACGGUAAGGAAUGCCAGACGAGUAGAGGUUGGGUUACGUUACUUGUUUGUUGCAGUGUAACCUUAAUCAUUAUCUUGCUCUAAAGCUAGUCAGUCGUUGCCCUUGUAGUAAUAGCUUCUGUAAUCACACAUUCUAUCCCAAAGCGUUGCAUUGAUAUCAA